UUCAACCAUGGUCAUACUGACGGCCGUCUUGCAGAAAAAUCAAUUUUCGCAAUUGUAAACAUGAUGUGAGACAAAGAGGAGAAUCGCAAGACGUAGAAGAUCCAACCAUGCCCAGCUCAUACUUGUUCGCCGCCAGCAGCGAGGGACGCGUCUACACGCUGUCCACCAGCUCGGGUGCGUGGCGCGAACUGCCGUACCUGGGACUGGAGUUCAAGAAGAUCUGCGCUGUGCCCAAUUUUCUGUGGGCCAUUGGCGGCGACCGUCAGGUGUACGUGCACGUCCAUGGCCUGGACGUGCCCAUCCGGAUCAGGGAGGAGUCGUACGAGAAUGAGCGCUGGCUACCCAUCGAGGGAUUCUCGAAGACACUGCUGCCCACGGAUCGGUACAAGUACUCCUCGGUAGAUGGCAGCGUGGAGCGCAGUGUGGACAAGAUCCGGUUGCCUUCGAUGGCCUGGCAGUGGGACGGCGACUGGCAUCUGGAUCUGGAGCUGGACGGCCAGCAGUUGCCCGAGGAUGGCUGGAUGUACGCCCUGGACUUUCCCGCUUCCUAUUCGGCCAAGAAGUCGUGGAACUCAUAUGUGCGGCGCCGCAAGUGGAUACGAUUCCGGCGCUAUGCCGCCCUGAAUAGCUGGUGCGCUGUGGCUCCGCUGCACAAGGAUCCCACGCAGGAGCCCUUCAUUGACGUGGCAAUCGGUGGCACCAACGUACCCAAUGCCCCGGCCGGCACCUUGUGCGUCUGGGCCAUUACCGCCCACGGCCGAGCUAUGUUUCGCACGGGUGUAUCCAAAUCGGCACCCGAGGGCCUCCGCUGGACCGCUGUUCCCACGCCCACCGGCAGUGAGUUGUCACAGAUUAGCGUUGGCCCCACGGGCUUGGUCUGGGCGGUUCUCUACAACGGUCGGGUGAUCGUGCGUACCGGAGUCACCCGGGAUAAUCUUUCGGGAGAGUCUUGGCUGGAUGUCAAGACCCCAGUGGCAUCCUGCAGCCUGCGAAUAGUUCACGUCUCCGUUGGCACCGAUGCCGUGUGGUGUGUGACCAACGACCAUCAUGCCUGGUUCAGGAGAGGCAUUAAGGGCGAAGCGGCCGGCAUAAGUGAGGAUUCGGCCAUAGGCAAGGGCUGGGUGGAAAUGGUGGGCAACAUCUCCACGGUUUCCGUGGCAGCCAACGAUCAGGUCUUUGCCGUUGGAGCCGCCGACCGGUGCUUGUACCAUCGGUCUGGUGUGACCACAGCAGAUCCCACCGGUAAAAAGUGGCGCCUGAUUCAGUGUCCCAUGCAGAUCAGUCGCACUUCCAGCUCUCUAUCGAUUGUGUCCCGUAAGAGCGGCGGCAGCAGCUCCACUCCCGGCUCCAAGCACCAGAGUUUCUCCAAUCUCUACUCCAAGGAGAAGGAGAAGGGAGUGGUGGAGACGUGCGCCGUGAUUGAGACCGUGCUGCACGGCUCGACAGGUUCAUGCGCCAGCCCUGGAGCAGCAACUGCCAGCUUUCUCAAGCACGAACGCUAUCGUCUUGGCGCGGACUCACCCCCGACCAUAGGGAGUCUUAACCUGAAUGAUCGCCACAAGCAGCGAACUGCUGCUCUCAGGGAGACCUCGCAUGCUUCCAGUGCUCCGGCCGCGGAUGUGGUCGAGAUCAGUGGGAAGUUUGAGACCCAGCUAAGGAAUCCACGCGCCUGGUCGCCCGUACGCAGUGUGGGUUCCGUUGUGGGAAUGGAAGCUCAUCCGGAGAGCGAUUCCACGGUAUUCGAAUCGGACUCUACGCACCACGGAUCGGAUGUUUUCCUAGGCGAAGAUGACGACCACACGGGCUCCCAGUUUUGGACGGAAUGCGGCAUCCUAUGGAGCUGCGUGGCUCCGGGUGCCGUCACCGUGGAUGCUAGCAACAUGCCUAAUUGGUUCAACGAGCAGCUGACCAGCGACAGCAAAGUGGAUGUGAAUGCCAAUUGGCGGAAGGAUAUUCUUAGCAAACUGCAGCGCCGGCAGGAAAGGCUUGCCAAGCUCCAAACUGUGGCCAAGUUCGAGAAGGCAGUGGAGCUCUCCUCGUGGGUAAAGUCAGCGGAUGCACGCUACCAGAGACCUGGCGGAGAAUUCGAGGAUUGCAUCAUAGAAUUGGAAUGGGUAAGCAGCGGCAGUGGCAGUGAUUCUUCCAGAUCCGGGGACUCUGGCACUUUUACGGUUCUCAGUCCCGAUGGAGCCGCCACGAAAAUACAAUUUCCCCUGUCGGACAUCACCUGCGUUCAGUGCUGCAGUGAAGCAGGAGCACCCAGGAUCGCUAUACACGCUCCUCAUCUGCCGGUAAACUGCUCGCCCGUCAAGCUGCAAUUCUCCAGCGACUCGGAGAUGGAAGAUUGGCUAUCCCAUCUGUCCUCGGUGUGCAGCCAGAUCAACACGCUGGUUGGCAAGCCGGCUAGCAAGGCCAUCUGGCUAACCAGCGAGCUGGGCGAUGUGUUUGUCUUCGAUGCGGCCAACAUGAAAGCCGCACAGCAGACGAUCGAGCCGGGCGAGGGAUAUGUUGAGAAAAUGGACGUCUCCACGUGCGAGACACCCUACUACAACACGCUCUACAAUGGAAUGCCGUGCGGCACCGAACUGGAGAUAUCCGGCUGUGUCUAUGACGAUGCCGAUCAGAUUCGUUUCGAUCUGCAGUCACACUCCACCGUCAAGGUGCUGCCGCAUCGCGUGGAGAAGCAUCGUGUGAUUGCCUUGCAUCUGAAUCCGCGCUUCAACGAACGCACCACUGUGCUCAAUUCGAUGAAGGAGUCCGAGUGGCUGGAUGAGAUUCGCAAUGAUAAAAUGGCCUUUGCACCGGGGGCUACAUUCUCCCUGAAAAUAAGAGCUCUGCAGGAUCACUACCUGAUGAUUGUGAAUAAUGCCGUGUACACCGACUACAAGUACCGCAUCGAUCCGGAGAGUGUAACGCGUCUGUAUGUGAGCGGUCGCAUCAAGCUCUUCAGCGUACUCUACCGCUGUCCCUCGCCGAUCGUCUCCAUGGAACGCAUGCACUGGCGCCAGAUGGGUGGCCACAUUAAGCGGGUCUUCAACAGCGGCGUUGACGUAGUUUGGGGCAUUUCCUGUGACAACACCGCUUGGGUCUACAACGGUGGCUGGGGCGGGAUGUUCCUGAAGGGACUAGAGGGUUCGGGCAAGAUUAACCCCAUGAUUGAUACGCACACCUACUAUGUGUACGAGAAUCAGCGCUGGAAUCCGAUCAGCGGGUUCACCGCCAAGAGCCUGCCCACGGAUCGGCACAUGUGGAGCGAUGCCAGUGGGCGGCAGAAGCGCAGCAAGGAGCACACAAAGCUGCUUUCGACGCACUGCGAAUGGAUCUCCGAUUGGGCAAUCGACUACAACAUUCCCGGGGGCGCGGACAAGGAGGGCUGGCAGUAUGCCAUCGACUUUCCCGCCAACUACCAUGCCCACAAGAAGCUCACGGACUGCGUGCGUCGUCGGAGAUGGAUGAAGAGAUGCCGCCUCAGCAGCAGCGGUCCCUGGCAGGAGCUGAGCCAGUCUAAAAUACUGGAUGCAGCCCUUCAGGUUUUGGACGACGAUGUGGACAGCGGGCAGGGUGAGAAUACAGCGGUUACGGCCUGGGCCAUUGCCUCGAACGGUGACGUGCUCAUCCGACACGGCGUAUGCUCCAUGAAUCCGCGUGGCGAUGCCUGGGAGCACAUAACCAGCGACCAGCCGCUCGUGGGUAUAAGCAUGGGACCCACAGGUCAGGUGUGGACUGUGGCCCGAAACGGCAUGGUGUUCUUCCGGUACGGCAUCAGCAGGCAGAAUCCCUGCGGCGAUGCCUGGCAACAGGUGGAGGCCCCGGCGGGCGUUACCUUCAAGGCGAUAAGCGUUGGACGCGCUGGGAUUUGGGCGCUGGACAACCAGCAGCGACUGGCUGUGCGAAAGGAGAUCUCAAAGACCUUCCCCGAGGGCUCCCACUGGCAGUUUCUGCCCAAUGCCGCCAAUGUGCCGCCGCACACUGAGCAGCACUGCGGCUUCCGAUCCGUGUCCGUGGGCGCCGAGGUGUGGGCUAUAUCCCUAAACGGCAUUAUCUGCCGGCGCUGCGGGAUCACCAAGGAAAAUCCAGCAGGCGUUGGCUGGAACCUGGGCAUUGCGGGACAAUGGCAAAAUGUCUCAGUCGAAGGAUAUAUGUAAAGAUGUCUUGGUUUCCAUAUAUACAUGUGUGUCAUUCCUAUAUACAUACGUACGUUCCGGAUUGUUGUAUUUAUUUAAAACAUAAAUCGUAAGCUUUUUCGAUUAUGCCAAUGCUUUUCCAAAUAUAUAUUUACAGCCAAGUUUGCUAUAUACCUUUAAAAUGCCCCUAGAAAGGCAUUAUAUAUAUUUAGAGUUGUACCAAAUAAUAACUUAAACCAAUAUUACUAUUAUGCCAUUAUUUAAGAUAAUUUAUUUGAGCUGAAACAAUUGUACAACGUUUUUGUUUAGUUUAACACAAUAAGCUUUCGUGAUUGUAUUAUUUAUCGUGUUGUAAGCAACAAUUAAAAACCUCAAGAAUAAAAGUAUUAAUGUGACAAAACAA